AUGGAUCGAAGUGAGCAAGAGAGUCGGGGGAUCGCGGGUCGCGAGGUUAAGUAUCGCUGUCCACUUUGCGGUCGAGGCUACAAAAUCAAAGGCUCGCUGAUGCGUCAUAUGAGGAUCGAGUGCGGCAAAAAUCCAAUGCUCAAGUGUCCUUACUGCGACCAUUGCACCAAAUACAAGACCAGCAUCGUCAAGCACAUCAGGCACAUGCAUCCGGACAAGCCCUAUUGCCCAUACAUCACCUACGGCAACUGCAACAUAGCGACUAUAUCUACGACCUCCAAGGAGAUGAACGCGCAGCGUCGUCUCCGCUCCGGUGUCUCCAUCCUCAAAAGCAAUUGGAUACCGCGAAAGUACUUCUGCCCGGACUGUCGACGAAUCUUCGACAUCCGUGCCUCCCUCGUGCGUCACCGCAUGUACGAAUGCGAGGGCACUAACGAGCCGGCCAAGCGAGAGAACAAAAGAAAGCCAGUGACAAUGGUGAGGACGAGCAGAAGGAGCAACACCAAGAUUUCAAAACACCAGCAGCAGCAUCAGCAUCAGCAAGAACGGCACCAACAGCAGGAACAACAAGAGUUCCAGCACCACCACUACCAGACUAGUAUAUCAACGACGAACUCUAAGAGCAAAAGACUGUACCAGUGUUCCGACUGUGACAGGGGCUACACCUUCCUCACGUCACUCUGGAGACACCAGAAAUACGAAUGCGGUGUCGAGCCAAGAUUCGCAUGCUCCAUCUGCAAAACCAAAUUCUCUCAGAAAGGUAGCACGAGGUCGCAGCUGAGCUGCCGCAACUGCGGCCGUUCCUACUCGAGGCGGGAUAAUCUCCAGCGCCAUCUGCGCUUCGUUUGCGGCCAGUCGCCAAGGUACGUCUGUCGCACCUGCAAAAGGGCCUUCAAGCAAAAGUCCAAUUACCAGCGGCACGUUGCCAGCGUCCACGGAUUCAAGGGCACGUGA